AUGGGUCCAGUUCCCGACAGCCUCUCCGGAGAGGAUGGUCUCCAUCUAGCACAGAGGCGACAUCGUCGCCGCGGCGUCAAGCCACCGUAUCGUUCUCUCAACCGUCUCGUCCGUGCUGGCGCAAAGCGUCUUGUCGAAAGCGGCCAAACCAACAUCUUUCCCGACUGUCACCAAGAUCAUAGCCAGCUUGAUAAAGCCAGUUUGCGACCCCACGUCCAGCAAGACCUACGUCGAUACUACUUCAACAUCGGCCAGUCAGCCUAUCGAGGAGACCAGAUUUCCAAUUACAAUGGCCCUACUCCUCGCAAAGUAGGCGGUCAGGACGACGGUCGAGAUCUUGCAUAUAGCGACAUCGAACUGCCUUCAGAUCGGUGUCGCCUCGUUCGAAUACCGACCCUCGAGAGAGAGGAUGCUUUUCGGUAUCCAUCUACUUCCAAGAUUCAUAUUCGCCCCCGUGCCGACCCUGCCAACGAAGACCAGCAGGUCGCCGAUCUCUACAGCAUGGGACUGCUCUACGAUACUGACGAGCAGGAUCGUAGCAGCGGCGACAGCUUUAACUUGAACAGCAUCAGGCAUAAUGAGCCACUCUACCCAAUCCGCCCCGCUAGGCGGGCGCGAAAGCACAAGGUCGCCAAGGAUGGUUUUCGAGACCAGGCCUUGCACCUUAAUCUCUCCUUUUCCGAUCUGGGCGAUGACGAUGCUCUUGCCCAGUAUUUCAUGACUUUCACUCAACCGGACACCGACGAGGCGAUUCAACAUGCGCCUCAAGAGCCGGUCGAGUCGCAACGACCUCCUCUGCGUGUUGUUUAUGAGCUUUCAACUUCAGAGCCUUCUUUCGAUGUCGACACGUCGCAACCCCCUGAUUUGGUGUUGGACGUUUUGUCAGACUACGACUGCUUCUCAGACGGCGAGCUAGACGACACACCCUCCCAGCGGGAGGUGCAAGAGAAUGCGGAAAAUUUACCUGCAGACGCUUGGGUCAUACUGGGCGACGACUCGUAA